GUCGCCGGCCGAGGCGCGCUGUCGUACAAGCAAAGGCUCACAGACGUACGCCGGAGGGGGCAGAGGACAUCGCAAACCAGAGCUUGUUCGUUCUUCAUCGACUGGCACAAUGAGUAAGGUUCACGGAUCGUUGGCACGUGCCGGUAAGGUGCGAGGCCAGACGCCAAAGGUAGCGAAGCAGGCCGAUAAGAAGAGGCGCCCGAAGGGCCGCGCAUUCAAGAGACUGCUUUACAACCGUCGAUUCGUCAACGUCCUUGUGGGAUUCGGAAAGAAGAGGGGCCCGAACUCCUCAGAGAAGUAAAUGGAGUUUGUGCACACGCGGAUCUCGUCUCUCUAGCUCGUAGAGAAGCAGCGGAGCGAUAAAAGUGAUGCACUCCAUCCGAGGGGUUAGGUGUGGAUCGCCGUCGUGCUUGCGCUGCAUGGCGGUGUCUGGAGCUCAUCUGCGAGGAUGAAGGCCGGGGAGAGGGCGGGAGACGUCGAUGAAGAUGAUGAUUUUCCCAUUUUACGGCUGCAGACGUGCGAGAAAUGGCUGGAGCCUGCCGCGCUCUCACCGAUCCUGACUGGGUAUAUGACCUGCCGUGCUCUCACCGAUCCUGACUGGGUAUAUGAGAGGGAGAGGCAAGCGAUCAUGAUGUUGUUGGCGGGGUAAGGACGAUGGACGGAGGAGCGCAUGGAACCAUUGCAGGACUUUAUGGCCAGGAUCUUUGACUAACGGAACC